GAGAACACACAGCUCAGGAGAGUCUGAGGGAAUUACCGUAAGAAGGACUGAAGACUGCUGGCAGCACUGUCAUCAACAUAAUUACUGGUUUAACAGGGGGUUUUGCAGCCCACAUCAGCGAGACCGUGAGAAGUAACCAUGGAACAACUUUUUCAGAAACUUUUACAUCAGUUUGCGUUUCAGUAGCUCCUAUGAGAUAAGACCAGUCAGACUAGCCUCCACUCUGCAUGCGCAUCGCUGAGCCUUGAGCAUCAACAAAGCACAUGUGGCUGACGGGUAACGGAGCAGCUCUAUGGGUUCACUGCAGAGAGACGUUUACCUCAGGCUCAGUUUACCCAUCUUUUUCACCGCUUUCCUCUUUUUCGUCGACGUUUUUAUCGAAACCAAGUCCUGCCAUGUGGACACGGGUGACCAGCUCCUCAACUUCACCCAAGAAGACAAAGAGAACUACAUUUCCCAGCGGUCUUUGGAGCCGCGGAGUAAUAUCACUCAUCACAUUAACGAAUCUGUGUGUAUAGUGGAGAGCUCCUUCAGUUAUGGACAGGCAACCUACAUGACUGGGCUGCUGAUUGGCUCUAUAAUCGGAGGCACUCUGUCUGAUAAGUAUGGUAAGAAGUUCCUGCUGGUGUGCAGCUCUGUUCUUCAUUCUGUGGUUGCACUGCUCACCGCGUUCUUCCCAUACGCACUGUUCUACCUGAGCGUGCGCUGCAUGGCCGGCAUCGCCUGCUGUGCUAUUCACAUCUGCACCUACAGUCUGGGGGUGGAAUGGAGUAUACCAAAGUACCGUAUCUGGCCAACAACUUUACUGUCCUUCAUCUUUAGCCUGGGCAUGAUGGCACUGGCUGCUGUGGCUUAUCUCACCACAGGCUGGAUGCAGUUCCACCUGGCCCUCGCCAUUCCACAGAUCCUCUGCCUGCCUCUGUAUUUCUCAAUUCCAGAAUCUCCGAGGUGGCUUCUUCUGAAUAAGAGGAUGCAUGUUUUAGAGGACUAUCGUAACAGGAGUCCAGAGGUCAGGCAAUAUCUCGAUUUGCUUUUGGAUUCUGAAGGGAAUGAGAGUCAGAAGGCAAACAAAGAGGAGACAGAUUGUAAAAAAGUUUCUGAUUUCACCCAUUUUAAAUCACCCACCAUUCUCCUGCGGCUUUUCGUCAUGAGUUUCAUUGGGAUAGCAUCUGCCCUCACCUACUAUGGGAUCUGCUUCAGUGUUGGGAGUUUUGGGGUGGAUAUCUACUUGGCUCAGUUCUUCUCAGGGUUGUCUGAGUCUCCAUCCCUCCUCCUACCCCUACUGUUGGCACGAUGGGGACGCAGACCUUUCAGCAUGGUCAGUCUUCUGCUCAGUGGCACCGGCUGCUUGCUGUCUCUCCUCGUCUUCAAGUUCUGUGAAAUACCUGCUCUAGUGAUGGCGCUGGCUCUGACGGGAAAGCUGUGUGUGCAGGCUACAACUUGUGUUUCUCUUCUUUAUGGCAUUGAGCUCUUCCCUACUGUCAUAAGGCAGAAAUGUGUUGGACUGGUCAGCCUGUGUUACCGGGUGGGCUGCAUUGUGAAUGCAGUGGUGGCCCCUAAAGGUGGGGUCUCUCUUGGAGCCAUGAUCUGUUACAGCAGUGGGCCAAUCCUGGGCGCUGGACUGUGCUUACUGCUUCCAGAGACCAGCGGCAUCCCUUUACCAGACACCGUCCAGGACUGUGAGAAACAACCCACACUGCAACUCGGGUCCUUCUGUCCUCCCUGGUCAUCAAAGCCCAAGCCGAACCAGGAACCUGCUUUCACUGAGGCAAAGGACCCAGAGAGCCAACUAGAAUCAAAUCCCAUUUUACCAGUCAAAUUUCCUGAAUGUUGAGGAUUUCACUGUAAGAAAGUGCAUCUACUGCAUUGUUCCCUCCAGAAACAAGGUGGGGUGGUCUGGAAAGUAUAAAGUAAAUCUAAAAGUCCUAAAAACGUGCAACCCAGAGCAGAAGUGUGUAGAAUUGAGAUUUGUUGUCUCUGUUAUCUGACAGGGACAAAUGCUCUUUACAUGAUGCUUUAAACAAGGUUAAGUACUUCAUUGCUUUACGGACAGUAGGAAUGUGUCCAGGAGACACAGGAUGUCCUGGAAGAACCUCUCCCCCAGUCAGAACUGUCUGUGAACCCAGAUGCAUGCGCCGCAUGCCGGAGGCUGAUGCUGGAAUGAUUACAAAGGACUUUUUCUUCAAAUUCAUAACAAAAAUGCCAGGAGAACAUAUUAUAUAUUAACCUUCUGAAACAGAAUGUCUUACAUUAAUACACAUACACUGUGGUCGUAGUCAAUUUUAUACUUUUUUUUUAGCUUUUUAAUUUGAGCGUGUAGGCUUGACACUUGUUUAAUAUUCACUUUUUUAACUUUUGGGUUUUAUAAAUUUCUUGAUAAAAUUGAUUCGUUUUCUUAAAUAAUAAAAACCUGUUGUAAUCAUGAA